AAUAUUUCUAAAAAGAAAUUCCCAAUAUUUUUUCGGUUUCUUUCACCCCCACGCCUCCAAAACCCCUCCUUGCUUCGUACCCAAAACCCAGCCGGCAGGUCUGAGCAGUGGAAGUGUGAACUGCAGAAAUUCGUUUUACAUCAACACACAGUGAAACUCCCACAAUUCCGUUUACGAGUAUUUUUCAUUGAAUAUAAUUGUUGCUUCUCUACCUUCACCCUUUCUGAUACCAUUCACUCCCCAAAACCUAAACCAAACUUCUACAAUCUUCCAUUUCUUCAUUCCCCUAAAAUGGCAGAUUCAAUUUUCAGAACCUUACGAGACGGCGCAUUAGAAGGAGAACUUGCACCUACUCUCACAAUCAAAGACACUAUAGCCUCCCCCUUUUCCAUCCAUGCUUUCUCUCACAUUCUUCUUCAACUCUCAUCACACUUCGCCACACAGAAAUCUCACACCGGUAUCGUCAUCGUCGCGAUUUCUCGAAGUCCUUCGUUUUACACCGAUUUGUUAAAGAAAAACGGAUUGGAACUUGCAUCUUCCAACAAAUGGAUUCAUGUUUUGGAUUGUUAUACAGAUCCUCUUGGUUGGAAAUCUGGAAAUGUUAAUGUUCCUUCUGAAGGAACUUCACUUGAUGUUACUUCUUAUAAGUCAGUCAAGGAUAUGGAUAGGUUGUUUUUGGCGACUACCGAUCUCGGCCGAGGUUUAGUUGGAGAAAAUAAAUCCCGGUUCUGUGUUGCAAUAGACUCGAUAAGUGAGCUGUUGAGACAUGCAUCUUUGCAGUCAGUUGCAGGCCUUCUAAGCAAUCUGCGCAGUCAUGAUAAAAUCUCAAGUAUAUUUGGAUUAGUGCAUUCUGACCUUCAUGACGAGAGGGCUGCAGCUGCUCUUGAGUACAUGUCCUCCAUGGUGGCCAGCAUAGAACCAGGUCAUCAUUCUUCAGAGAACUCCUUGUCAGAGAAAAACUUUACCCAGGGAAAAUUUAAUGUCAGACUUAAACGCAGAAAUGGUCGCGUUAGAGUGAUGUGUGAAAAGUUUAAAGUUGAAGCCGGAGGAAUCAGCUUUGCUUCUGUUUCAGCAGAAGAUGGAAUAACUGUUGCAGGCUUACUGCCAAAGGUACAAUUUAAUCUCCAGCUAUCAGAGAAGGAGCAAAUUGACAGGGCAAAGGUUGUGCUUCCUUUUGAACACCAAGGAAAUGGUAAUCCCAUACAAAUUUAUGAUGGUAGAAAAUCCCUUGAAGAGAGUAACAGUGAGGGGGCACCUCUUCCAAAGGGUGGUAAAAAGGAGGAAUCUUCCCUAGGUGAGAUUAUAUAUUUUCGUGAUUCAGACGAUGAGAUGCCCGAUUCUGAUGAAGACCCAGAUGAUGAUUUAGAUAUAUAAAUGCGCUUUAGUUAGUGUCUUAUGUAUUUCUAGGUGACUUAGUUUAGGUUUGUGAUCAAAGAAAAGUUUUAUUAAGAAAAAUCGGCCCAAUAUUGUUUAAUUGCUCGUAAGUUAAUAGUGUAUUACAUUACAUCAUAUUGUACAGCCUACAUAUAGAAACCAGAAUUGGUUUAUUGAUUUUGUGAA